GAGAAGCCGAGAGGUGGAAUUCAAUGAAUCGGAGGGAGGCCGGUCGUCUUGAUCCAUUUGUCAUUACUUUCCUGCUUUUGACCUUGUUUGCGCGACAGGCGCCAGUUUUCAUUUUCAGAAUUUGUCUGAAGCAUUGACACAAGCACAUAUAUCAUAAAUUUGAAAAGCUGGGAGAGGAAUCCAGUUUGAAGGGCAGGGGAGAAUGGCUGCUCCAGGUGUCACAAUCAGAUAUGAAUAGGCUUGUGGUGGCCGCCUGUAACAAUCCUUGGGGACCGCCGCUUGGCCGUAUGCAGACCUGGAUUUCCUGAACACAGCUGGUCUACUUCCAGCAAGCUAGUUCAGUAAAGGAGGGAUCAAACAGACAACAGGCCCCCUUAUUGCAUGAGGAAACUGGCUAACACAGAUCCAGACUCCAAACUGAGCCUUUGCACAGCGACCCCUCGAGGCAGUGGUUACUCCUAAUGCUGCCUGACCCAGAGGCUUGACACAAGCCAGAUGGCUUCGAUUGGUAGGCGCACAGGCUGCCUGGUACUGCAAUUGAUGAUACCGAAUAGGACGACCUUUUAUGAUCAGCUGCGGAGACUGAGUAAGAAUGCAGUUCUGCUAGGUUCAUGUAGGGAUAAAAAGAGCUGCAAGGUUACCUUCCCCCAGGAGGAGCUGAGGAAGCGUUUGACAGCCCAGCAGUACUACGUGACUCAGGAAAAGGGGACGGAGAGUCCUUUUACAGGCGAGUACACAUUAUACAAAGACAAAGGGACCUACAAUUGUGUUGUUUGUGGGACUCCCCUUUUUACGUCUGAAACCAAGUUUGACUCUGGAUCUGGUUGGCCGUCUUUCUAUGAUGUGCUGGAUUCUAAGGCAAUAACACAGGUAGAUGACUUUUCCCAUGGAAUGCACAGGAUUGAGACCAGCUGUAGCUACUGUGGUGCACAUCUGGGACAUAUCUUUGAUGAUGGGCCCCGUCCAACUGGUAAACGGUAUUGUAUAAACUCUGCCUCAUUAUCCUUUAUACCCACGGGCCAGAGCUCAACUGAUGAAGGCAACGAUCCUACCCCAUCUGGCAAGACUGAACUUUAGGCUACAGAGGGCUGAUGAAUGGGGUUAUUACCUCACAAGCUUCUGCUCCAGCGACAAACAUCUUUGUGCAUUUAAUGUACUAAAGUAACAAGUUAUUUAAACACACACACGCACACAGUAAAGCUCUUCUGCACAAAAAAAUGAACUUACUUAACGUGGAUAAGAGUAUCCUUGUAAAUCGUUUUUUUCACCAUAGGAUAUAUAUUGUAACGGAGCAAAUCGAUGUGGUUGGGGUUUACAAACUAUGGGAGUUCUACCAUGUAGAAUAGAAAAUCCAUUGUAUUUUACCAGAGCAGCAUGGCAUGGCACAGGGCAGUCAGGAAAAGCAAGGUAUUAGCAGUUUCCUCAUAAUGUAAUGUGGAGACUGCCAGGAAUGCCUGACAAUGAAAUGCAGCAGCAAGAGAACAAAAAGUUCAAGCACAGGUCACAAUGAGCUGAACAGAGAAACGGCAUGUCUGAAGCCUAUGUACUCUACACCACCCUUAAAACUAUUUUGAUGAAAUGGAUAUUUAAGUUCCACUUUUUCCUUUAUCUUUUAUUCAGAACUUGUUUGAAAAAAAUACCAUUGCCUAAUAAAAGAAACUGAUACAGGCCCAAAGUGUUUUUUGUGUGUGAAUCUUGCUGGCUGACCACAGGUCAUUUGGUUCACAGCUGGUGUAUGUCAAGAGCAGCUCCGUAUACCUGGUCCCAUUGCUGACAGUCUGCAUUUUGUAUAUAGUACUUCCAGCACUUUAUCUCAAGCAGUCUUCUGAAGCUGGGGUCAGAGCAGUGGAGCACGCUCAGAUUCCCUGCACACACUUAUUCCUGGGAAAAUAUUUGAGGGGAUUGAAAUCUAAUCAAGAGGAGGCAAACGUUUAUAGAAGGAUUCAACCUUCACCUUUUUCAAACUCUCCACCUUUUACAUAUGCUUGUGAGUACAUAAAAUCUAUAGGUAUGCAUAUGGGAGGAUGGGGAGUAUUUGUAAUGGAAUUCAAGGAGGUUUUGAAGAUUUUCAUGAAGAAUUUGCCAUCUAGUAGUUUAAUGAUUCUCCUGGAAUGUUGUGAGGGAUUAGUGACUGAAAAGUAAACUUUUGUAACAACUUAUUAUUGAGGAUCAUUAAGUUUCCUAGUUCAUCCCUUUAAAAGUUGAAAUACAUUCCAGUUUUGCUAACUUAAAAAUAUUUUCUUCUAU